UUUUCGCUCGGAUAAUUCUGCGCUUCGUGAGCGACUCCCGGCUCUCACACGAAUGAAUCCUUUAACGUCAGUCCCUUCGUUGUGUGUUUGCAGGUGUGAUUUCUGCUGCCUGUCUUUCCGGACUCACCGCGGUUUGUUGCGCCACAACGCCGGCGUCCACAAGAUUCUCCCCCAGGACCCCAACGGCCGCCCCUUCAUCCAGAACAACCCCUCCAUCCCCACCGGCUUCAACGACCUGGCCUUCAUCGACUUCUCCUGCAAGAAGUUUGCCCACAUCGCACAGGUGUGGUGCGAGACAAACCUCCGUCGCUGCAUCAGUAAGUUCCACCGGUUCGUCUGCGACAGCUGCGACAAGGCAUUCCCCCUCCACUCAGCCUUGGACCUCCACAAAACCACCUCCCACCCCAACAAACCCGCCGCUGACGCCACGGAGAAGGACGACCAGACGGAGAACGGAGCUGCAGAAAAUGGCGCCGAGACCAACAGUGCAUCCAUCGAGAAAGACGCCCAGCCCUCGGAGCAGGACAGCUUCCUGGAAGCACUCGGCCUUCAGCACGUUUCCAAGGUGAAGUCUGGUCCCACGGAUGAUGAGAUCCAUCAGGCCCACCUGGACAGCAUCAAGGUGAUCCACGUGGAGCCGCCGUCCUCCAGCCUCCCCCAGGAGCCGGCCUCCGCCUACCUGUCCGGGGGUCUGGGUCUGUCUCUGGGGCUGGGCGGGCUGGCGGCCCUCAGCAUCCCGCUCCUGGAGGCCUCGGGCUCGGGCUCCGCCCUGCAGGGCCUCUCCCAGAGGGACACCCUGAGCCUGCUGUCCCUACAGCCCUUCCAGACUGGCUUCCUCCUGCAGCCUGACGGCGGCGCCGCAACAGCCAGCGCCGCCUCAUCGGGGGUCAAACCCGGAGAGGCAGCCGGGAUCAUGGAGCUGGCGGACAUCCAGCAGAUCCUUAAAGUGGCGAGUGCGGCGCCGAAUCAGAUGGGACUGACCCUCCCGCCUCUGGCCAAAGCUCCGGGAUUUGCCGGAGGUCAAGGUCAAGUCCAGAAGGCGAUGCCUACAUUGAAGCCCAAACCUCCCAUCACCCCUCGCUCUAGCCUCACGGCGACGACUCCUCCCCCCCUCCAGAGCUCCCAGCAGGCCUCACUGGGCUGCAUCAGCCCCAGCCUGCCGCCUCCCACCCCCACGCUCUUCAAAACACCUUCCUCAUCCUCCUCAUCCUCCUCCUCGGCUGGGAACGCAGGGCAGAUGGACGCAGAGUGUAUGGGCGACGCUCACGCGCCUUUGUCCGAUUCUCCGCCGGCUGCCACCACAGCGGUACACGAGGAGGCGGGGCUCAGCGGGAGAAAGCCAGGAACCAAAGGGGGGAACAACGCCAACGCAGGCUCGGCCAAAGGCUCGUUCCCGUGCCGAUUCUGCGAUCAGGUGUUUGCCUUUUCCGGUGUCCUGCAGGCUCACAUGCGCUUCCACCUCGGCAUCCUUCCCCACCAGUGCAACAUCUGUGACUAUGUGGCACCGGACAAAGCCACGCUGAUCCGACACCUGCGCACUCACAGCGGCGAGCGGCCCUACGUCUGCCGGGUCUGCCACUACCCCUUCACUGUCAAGGCAAACUGCGAACGCCACCUCAGGAAGAAGCACGCCAAGACCUCGAGGAAGGACAUUGAGAAAAACAUCAAGUACGUCACCUCCACCACCACAGUGAACCUCGCCGAGGCCAUCACUGCAGCAAAAACUACCACCACCCAGGACACGGAGACGGGCUGCGCUGGCGCUGAGACUACAUGCCGGUUCUGCGGCGAGGACCUGAAGACCUACCGGGCGCUGCAGAUCCACCUGCGCACUCAUAAUGGCUGCCAGAGAAAGCCAUUUGAGUGCCGACGUUGCGGCGCUGCAUUCCUGGCCAAACGUAACUGCAUCCACCACCUGCUCAAGCAGCACCCCGAGGUGCAGGAGAGGGAGAUCGAAGAACAUAUCGCCACACUCCUUCCUGCCGGUACACCCGCCGCCACUGUCGCUACCGUCGCCUCUGCCAGAGCCGCUCCAGUGAAUCAGAUGGCGCUUAACGGACUCAGUCAGCCGCCGAUUCAGGCGCUCCAAGCAGUAAAGGUGGAGGAGCUGGCUAGCGUGGUUUAUCCUGAACUGGACCAGCCGCUGGACUUCUCCGCCAAAGGGCGUGGAACCGCCAGCCAGGCGGGGUCUCCUGGGGUCAAACUGGAGAGCGUCUCCCCCAGCUUCGACUGCUCCAUCCUGGACCAGCCCAUUGAUCUGUCCAUCCCCAGCAAGAGGCAGAGGCGGGAGGCCGCCGGCGAGAAGCGGGAGAUCAAGAUGGAGCAGAGCGGCAGCAGCAUCGUGGAGCAGCAGCAAGCUUUCGCUCUGUCCAAGGAGGAGAAGGCGGCGAGCGCCCUGCCUCCUCUGCACCCUCACCCCCAGCUCGGCUGCUACCAGCUCCCCCCUGGAUCCACCCCUCCCCCAGCCUCCCUCCCCACCCUCAACAACGCCACACGAGCCCAGCGCCUCAAACCCCUGCUCCCUAAACCGGCCUCCUCCACCACCUCCUCACCCUCCGCCGCCCACAAGGAGCUCCCUCCUCUGGCCUCCAUCGCUCAGAUCAUCCACUCCGUCUCCGGAGCUCCGGACCUGCUGAAGAGAGACGCCGCAUCGCUGGAGGUCAAACCCCAGGCGAUGGUUGCUUCCUGUCAGGCUGACUCUGCUGCAGACGCCCCGGGACCCUCGGCUGCUCCGGAGACACAAAGUGACGACACGUCUGAUGGCGCCUCCAGAAAGCGGGCCAGGAAGAAGCCUGUUGCAGUGGGAGUGAAGGAAAAGGCCAUGGUCGGCGGCGGCGGCAUUGACCUCGAGUCCAGCGGUGAGUUUGCCAGCGUGGAGAAGAUGCUCGCCACCACUGACGCUAACAAGUUCAGCACCUACCUGCAGACCGGUGCUGCAGACCUGGGCGCCAAGACAGACGACAGAGCCGGAGUGGGGGAGGAGAAGGAGGGAGGCGCGAGGGAGGAGGGGAAGCCAGUGGCGAUGGCGGCGGCGGUGGCGCCGCAGUCCAAAGGGAAGAAGAACGCCUACUCCAACUCUGUCCAGAAGAUGACCUGUCCCUUCUGUCCCCGAGUGUUCCCCUGGGCGAGCUCGCUGCAGAGACACAUGCUGACUCACACCGGCCAGAAACCUUUCCCCUGUCCGAAGUGUGACGCCUUUUUCUCCACCAAAUCCAACUGUGAGCGCCACCUGCUGAGGAAACAUGGCGUGACACACCGAACGCUGCGACGCAACGGCGCCCUCGCCAAGAAAGACGGAGACGAGGGCUCGCACGAGAGCGCAGAGAGUCAGUCAGAGACGGAGCAGGUCGCACCUGAAGCACAAGACCUCAGCGGCGUCAACACCUCCACGGACACAGGCCCCGCCCCCACACCUGAGAGCCCCGCCCCCUCACAGGAGGCCUUAUCAGUGCAGUCAAGCCCCGCCCACAAGUCAAGCAACGGUUGCAGUCCAGCUGCCAGCUGUGCAGAGCAGCAGGAGACAGAAACCACAGAGCAGCCAGACCAGCAGAGGACGCCAGAGACCAGAGCAGCGCCGGGGAAACAGCCUCCUCAGAGCAGCAGCACCAAGGUGGAGAGCGCAGACGAUGACGACUGCCACAGCAACAAAAGCCUGGACCUGAAUUUCGGCAAAAAGCUCAUCGACUUCAAGCUCUCCACAUCCUCAGGCCCCGCUCAGGAAGAACAGGCCCCUCCGCCUGAACCUUCCUCCUCCUCCUCAUCCUCCUCCACCCCAUCAUCCUCUACCUCUGCUCCACAAGUAGCAACAGAGAGCCAAGAGAAGGAGAAAAGUGCUUCCUCCUCCUCCUCCUCUUCCUCCUCCUCCUCUUCUAGCAGCCCCGCGGUGAAGCAGCAGCCGGAGUACAAACACGUCUGCCGAGUGUGUAAAAAGAGCUUCCGCUACGCCACCACCCUCGCUCGCCACGAGAGGGCGCAUCUCUCCGAGGAGACGCCAGCCCCGGCGGUGGAGGAGAACCCGGCGGCGAAAGAGGAGGUGACGGAGAGCAACACCGCCAAACCGACAGAGGAGAAAGAGGAGGAGAAAGAGGAGGAGCAGAAGACGGACAUGGAGGUGGAGGAGGCAGGAGGGAGGGGAGGUGAGAGCGAGGGAGGAGAGAGCGGGGAGUCGGAGGAGGAGGAGAAGGAGAAGGAGGAGAGGAGCGAUGAAGAAGCAUCAGAACCAAAGAGUUUAGAGGGAGGAGAGGCGUCAGGAAGACGAGUGGACAAGAGGAAGAAGAUCUGUACCGUCUGCGGGAAAAGAUUCUGGUCUCUGCAGGACCUGACCAGGCACACGAGGUCUCACACAGGCGAGCGGCCCUACCAGUGUCAAACCUGCGAGAGGACGUUCACCCUGAAGCACAGCCUGGUCCGCCACCAAAGGAUCCAUCUGAAGCCCCGCGGGGCCGACGGAGCGUCGGCCGCCAACGACGACGCCAGUGAGGACGGAGACUCCUGCACCCAGACCCCGCCUUCCACCUGCCCGCCCUCGGAGAACGAGAGCGAGUGCGGCAGCGGCGCCGCGGGGGGCAAGGAGCUGGAGGAGGAGGAUGUGAAAGAGGAGGGCGAGGAGGGAGCGGAAUCGGCCACGUUGGAGGAAAAUAAACAAGCAGCUGCAGAUUCAGAGCCGGAAACCGCCGACACUUCUGAAGAAAAAUCUGAACUCUCUGCAGCGACGCAAAAGCCCUCCGCUGACACGAGCCCCAGCCAACAAGCUACUGACACAAAGACAACUACUAGCGACGACCUGAAAUCGGCGCCAGACUCAAACCUCUCCAAAGACCCCUCUUCCUCGUCCUCCAGCUCUCCGCCGGAGGAGUCCGCGGCAGCUGCCCCAGCAGAGGGCUUCAUCCAGGGCCUGCUGGAGAUCCACGCCAAGCCACCUCUGGAGCACAUCCUGCCCAACGGAGAGCCUCCUCUGGUGGGCGUAGACUGAGGAAAACCUCCCCCUCCCCGGCUGUCUAAACCAACGUCACCACAGUGCCAUACGACGGAAAGAUGCUACACCAUUGAUGAUGAUGCAAAAACCAGCCCGGAAAACUUUUUUUGAUAGAAAGACGAAAACCUCGUUUUCUUGAAGUGCCUUACUACUAGUCCUACUUCUAAGAGAUGUUUUUUGCUAUAUCUUUAUCUGCAUUAUUACGGAGGAUGGAUCUAAUUUUUAUAGCUUUUUAUGAUGACAAUGAUUUGCAUUACUAUUUUUUGUGAGGGGAAUCUAUAUUUCAGCAAUAAAAAGAAUAAAGUUAUGAUUUAUUAUUGUUCUAGAUUCUGUUUGAGAAUUAAUGAUCAACUUAGGAGACGCAGAGGGACAGACAAAGACUGAGACGGACUGUCUGCGUUUAUUCUUCUGUAUUUAAAUCACAGCCGGGCUCCGGCCACACAACAAGAGACUGAACAAUUUUAAGAUUUGAACCAGCUUCGGAUUUGAGUUCGAACUAGUCAGGGUGGGGAGCUUUUCUUGUCCACCAGCCACAGCGGCUUCACAAAAUUAACUAGCCACUCUCGUGGAUAGAAUCAAACCUGGAGAGGUCGGUUGGCCAACGUGGCUGGUCGAUUCACCAGCAAAAUGACCACCGGUGGCUGGUGGUCGUCUCUCACUGUGCGACGACGGAAGCUUUUUGUAACUGGAAAACGCAGGAAAGGUCAACGCUUUGUCGUCCUUUUGGCUCACUUCUGGCUGGCUCGCACAAACAUUCACGAACAUGUCAAAGUCACAUCACAUUUCUGUGUGAAAAAGACUCUCGAAAGGGCGGAAAUAGUGUUGAUCAGUCUGUUUUUGUUUUGUUUUUUAAAAACCCAUCACACUAUUGAUCCCUCAAAGCCACCUGUGAGUUGGUUUGUGUGUUAAUAAUUUCUCAUUCAUAAUCAUUCUCAGUUGAUUCCAUGUGUGUACAGAGAGUUGAACAUGUGGCACGUGAUGCUAGAGUAUUUUCUUUCUUUUUUUUUGGCGUGUGUGCGAUUAUCAGUGACAUUUAGGUGUAGGGAGGGGAAUUCUUGUGUUUUGUGGAUUUUUUUUUUUUUUUAUAACUGAACAAAUCAAAGUUUUCGUUGCGUGUGUAAGAAUGUGUGUGACUCCCACCUGUCUCUCAUCAUUGCCCCCUAGUGUUCAUUUAGGGUUUAUUACAGGCAUGCUAACGUACAUUGCCGCUAACAUGUUACCCAGGUUCAGUUUACCUCAACUUUUGCUUUUAACUGCAACCAUUAAAACAACACGUGCAGCUCUGUAGGCAACCCUUUAAAUCCAACGUCUUCCUAAUCAGGGCUAGUAAGGCUAAUUCUUUGCUAGCUUGGUUUCCACUGUGGGCCAUAUCAGAGCUAGCUGAGGCUAACUCAUUAGCCUGGCUUCAAACACAGGCUAACAUGUCUAAGUUGUUAAAGACUUGGCUUGCACAAUGACUAACUUAGCAGCUAACCAAGGCUAACUCAGUAUCAAUAAUGUAAAAUAGAAAAAGCAAGGGCUGAAUCAUUGCUAUCCUGGUCUGUGAGUUUAGCCUUAACACACACUCACACAAGUAAAAUUUACCAGCUUAUAAAAGGACUAAAACCAAACUCAAGCUAACUAGGGUUAAGCUACAAAACUGCAGAUGCCUUAACUUUGUUAAUUUCUAUGAAGCAGCCAGUUAGCCCAGCUCAUCCUUACCACGGGCUCAAAGUAGAGGCUGGCUGACGGCAUUUUACAAGUUAAUCAAGCUAGCAAUGUAUUAGCUUGGUUAACUAGCUUAGAAUUGUCAGUUAGUUCAAGGUAGCUUUAACCAUCAGCCAGAGCAUUGGUAAGUUGGCCCUAAGACAUCAACUAAAGGGUAUAAAUACAUCUUAGCAAGGGCUAACAAAUCAAAUCAGGCAAGCUUAUCAAGCUAACAUAUUGCUAUGUUAGGUAAACUGCAUUUCUAUCUCAUAGCAGGUCUAGCUAGUCUCUUUCCAGUAUUAUCUCAGUUUCUUGAGUUGGCCUUGGACCGGGUUAGUACCGUUUCCCCGUAUUUAGCCCCUGUGCGAAAGUCACUUUGACGACUUGUUGCUCUUUCCUGCCUUUCCAGAGACAAAAAGGGCUAAAAAAAAAACCUUUUCUACAUGACAUUUACUUACGCUUUUUUAAGAAAAGAUUAAACUUAAGGGUUGGACAGGCCCACCUUAAGACAUGUUUAUGGAUUUGAUGGUAGAGACAAUCAGCUAAAAUGUUUUCGAAUGGAAAAUAGAUGAAUUUUUUAAAAAGUAAACCCCUCAGUUGAAUCUCAGUAUGAUCUCCAGAAAGAGCUAAGUGACAGGGUGAAAGGGAUGGAUGGAUGAAAGACUGGAAGGACAGAUGGAAGGAUGGAUGGAUGGGUAGGUUGGGAGGGGGGGUGUACCUAAACUGUAUUACCCUGCUGCACACACAAAUAAACACAAGUUAAAGGGCUAAUUUCACCCCCUCGCACAAACCCAACCGGACAUUUCCACAACAGAAAACGGCGGUGACUUUCAGAUCGAGUAUCCUGAUAUCACGACCAGAGGGGACGGGUAGUGUGAAUGUGCAUUUUCUUUGUCGUGUGAAGAUGAAUAUAGCUAAUUUUUCUUCUUGUACAUUUUCGUCUCUGUUGUUUUUGUUUUUUUUUUAUAUCAAGCAACCUCAUAAUCAAAAACGAAUUGAACCUCAGCGGCUCAUAACGGAACUGUAAGGCAGCGACGGUCACGUCACUCAGUCAGUCAAACGACGAGAAAUAUUGAACAACCACAACUGGACUGAUUGACUGAUUGACUGGACGCUCCCGUGAACUGGCACUAACAACUUCCAAACUACUACUACUACUACUUCUACUACUAGUACUACUACAGUGGAAUACCGCGACACAAUAAAGAGAGAAGAGAGGGAGAGAGUUUCCACCGGUUUAAGUUUCGAGUCCCAGCACUUAAUUCCUCUGUUUCCCCAAGUAUAGAGCCACGGUCUCACAAAAAUCACCUUGGAAAACAUCCAAAGCCUUUUGUUUCAGUCGAAAGUGGACAAAAGAAUAUCAGUUUUAUUGCUUAAACACUUCCUUGCUCCAUCUUGCCUUGUGCAAAGCUGUGCAAAAAAUUCAUAAAAGUUACAGAGAAACUGAAAACUCUGAAUCAAUCCCAAAAUUUCCUCAUAACUAACCAAUUUGAAGUUUGGAAAAUCCUCUCAAUAUUUAAUUUUUGUUUUUUUUUUGUUUGUUUUUUAAAGAUGUUGUGCCUCGUAAAAUAAUUGUCGUUAGAGGCUUCCUGGCUACUUGCUGUUAUCCGUUAGCUUGGAUGCUAAUACAUUCACACAGAUAACUUAAGAAAGCAUGUUUUUGUAUUUACCAUUGAUUUUUGGUGGGGUUCUUUUGCAGAUAAGUUUAUCGCUACACAAAAUCCUUUUUUGUUUUGACUUUUAAAGUAGCCUACCAGGAACGUGCUAGAACUUGUCCGUCACAAUCAUUGUCCAAAUACCUAUCCUACUGUUCCGUUAGCUUGUUGCUAACGGGAGAAAACACUUACACAGUUU